AUGGAGAGCAAUGCAGACCUUCGAAUGCAGUACUGCACACCACACCACCACUGGGUUACAGAGCAGUGGAGACGUGACUUCAUGGCCUACAGGAAGGUGUGUGAUGCCCAGGCGGGGCCACUGGAUGGAGAGGUUCUGCGCUGCUCUGGAUCCCUGGAACUCGACUGGGACCUGGACAAGGAGGAGCUGCAGGAAGCGGGGCCAAGCAGCGAACGCACGCAGAUGCAGCAUGGCGACUGCCAGAGAUCAGGUUGUUCAGACCCUGGCCCUGACCCUGACCCCGAGUUCAUGGAACCCAUCCAGAAUUCUGUCUCAGUUUCACCUCAUGGACGCUUUGAACGACUCCAAGAGGAUCCCAACUACAUCUCUCACUUCACCAGGACGACUGGCCACAAAGGUCAAAGGCGACUUCACUGUUUCAUACUCAGAUACUUCCUUGCCGGGGUGGGAAUUUUUGUCCUUGGUAUCCUCGUUGGCUGGUUCAUCCACACUUCUUCGAAACGUCCCACUGCUCCUCCACCUGAAAGCUUGGACCUGCUUGAAGAGCUGCUCAGAGGAAUCAAAGCUGACAAGAUAGAUGCUCUCCAAAAGUCUUUCUCCAGCCUGGCAGGCGACACUGAGGAGUCCAGGGCCAGGUACCUGUACAGGCAGUGGGUCGGACUUGGCCUGACUGAUGUCCACCUGUACAAUCACACGGUUCUGCUCAGCUUGCCUGGCUCCACUCCAAACACCAUCACCGACAGAUCCAGCCACCAGUGUUUUCUUCCCCACGGGACCCCGUGUGACCAGCGGGGGCCCACUGACCUGCUGAAGCAGCAGUUCUCCUACGCAGCCUACUCUGCAGUAGGCAGCGUUCAGGGAGAGGUGGUGGAUGUCCAGUAUGCCAGUGUGGAAGACUUGAGAAGAGCCAAAGACUCCCUGAACCUCACUAACCAGAUUGCUGUGGUCAAGCUUGGUCAAGCACCCUUAUUAUAUAAGCUGUCUCUGUUAUCUGACUUCGGUUUUCGAGGCGUUCUUCUCUACAUCGAUCCCUGUGACGCGCCGCCUGGCCGAAACAUCUGGCAUGAAGCUUUCAGAGUCACUUUAAAUCCUGGAGGAAACCCUUCCUUUG